UUCUCAACAGAACCAAAAUUUUGGACGCCUGCCGCGACGGCGCCGGCGCCGGCCAUGGGGGAUCGGGCCAAGUUUCCCGGCCGCUACCAGCAGGUGCAGCUGCUCGGCGAGGGCAACUUCGCCAAGGUUUACCUGGCGCGGCACAUGGACACGAAGCAGGAGGUGGCGAUCAAGGUGAUGGACAAGGAGAAGCUCAUCAAGCUGGGCGCCGUGCACCAGAUCAAGCGGGAGAUCGCCGUGAUGCGCCGGCUGCGGCACCCCAACAUCGUGCAGCUCCACAAGGUCAUGGCGUGCAAGUCCCGCAUCUUCGUGGUGAUGGAGUACGUCCGCGGCGGCCCGCUGUACCGGCACGUCCCGGUGAACGGCGGCAUGAAGGAGGACGAGGCGCGCCGCAUCUUCCAGCAGCUGGUGUCCGCGCUCACCUUCUGCCACGCGCAGGGGGUGUACCACCGCGACAUCAAGCCCGACAACCUCCUGGUCGACGAGCACGGCAACCUCAAGGUCGCCGACUUCGGGCUCUCCGCCCACGCCGACACGGCGCGGCAGGAGGCGAUCCUCCACACAGUCUGCGGCACGCCGCUCUACGUCGCUCCGGAGGUGUUCCUGCGCAAGGGCUAUGACGGCGCCAAGGCGGACGCGUGGUCCUGCGGCAUCGUCCUCUUCGUGCUCGCCGCCGGCCGCAAGCCCUUCCGCGACGACGACCUCCGCGUGCUGUACCGCACCAUCUGCCGCGGCGACUUCCGCUGCCCGCGCUCCUUCAGCCCGGAACUCGUGCGCAUCGUGCGCCGCCUCCUCCAGCCGAACCCGACGCACCGGAUCACGCUGCUGCAGAUCAUGGAGACGGACUGGUUCAAGAAGGGAUUCAAAGAAAUCAGUUUCUACAUCGACAAGAAGGAUUGCCUGCGCAGCCUCGAUGGCCCCGAAGAGCCCGACUUCUGCGACUCUGACUCUGACGACGAGACCGUCAUGUCUCCGGACUCUUCCUCCCCUGUGGCUCAAGCUCAAGGCAUGCACACCUCCAUAUCAGCACCGUCUCUGGUGAACCUCGAGAAGAUGCACAGAUCCGCCUCUCGGGCGCCCCAGACGCGCUUGAGACGGAUCAAGAGCAUGAACGCAUUCGACAUCAUCGCCUCCUCGCCGAGCUUCGACCUGUCCGGGCUGUUUGAGGAGCGGGGAGAGCAGAUGCGUUUUGUGUCCAGCGCGCCGGUGGCCACGAUCAUCGCCAAGCUGGAGGAGAUCGCCGGGCAGGUCAGCUUCACGGCGCGCACCAAGGAUUCCCAGGUGAGCUUCGAGGCGACGAGGAAUGGGCACAAGGGCGCGCUCGCCAUCUCCGCCAAGAUACUCCAGCUCACGCCGGAGAUCGUGAUGGUCCAGGUAAGCAAGAAAGCAGGUGACACCGCCGAGUACCAUCAGUUCUGCAGCAGUGAGCUCAAGCCCGGACUGCGCGGCCUCGUGGACGGCCUGCCGGAGGAAGGCCUCCCUCCGGCGCUAAGUGUUGCCUGAAAUUCAAGUCUAUUACUGUGUGGGAAAAUGCAGCAGGGGUUGAUAUCAUAAGUAUCUUUCAGUUAGAUUGUUUUGUUCUUUGCUUGGUAGUUUUGUUUAGGAUUUGACAGUGUUAAUAGUGGAUCACUGAUUCAUGACACUGUAGUAGGUUUUGUUUACUUAUAUGUGCUCCGUACAUUAGCGAGAAGAGAUCCUGUUGCUAAGUUAAUUUACAUGACACAUUUUCUGAA